AAAACCCACGGACGCCCCUCCCCCACCCCCCACGCCCCCUCGGCCAUGGCGAGCAACGUGACGAACAAGACGGACCCGCGGUCGCUGAACUCGCGGGUGUUCAUCGGGAACCUCAACACGCUGGUGGUGAAGAAGAGCGACGUCGAGGCCAUUUUCGCCAAGUACGGCAAGAUCGUGGGGUGCUCCGUCCACAAAGGCUUCGCCUUCGUACAGUACGUCAACGAGCGCAACGCCCGCGCCGCCGUGGCCGGGGAGGACGGCAGGAUGAUCGCCGGGCAGGUCUUGGACAUCAACCUUGCGGCCGAGCCGAAGGUGAACCGGGGCAAGGCGGGGGUGAAGCGCUCGGCGGCCGAGAUGUACGGGUCAGUACCGCCCCCCCCGUCACCGUCCCCCCUCGUCAGAUCCUCGUUCGACCUCGACUACGAUUUCCAGCGGGAUUACUAUGACCGGAUGUACAGUUACCCCGCCCGGGUGCCCCCUCCUCCCCCCAUCGCCCGCGCCGUGGUUCCGUCCAAGCGCCAGCGGGUGUCCGGAAACACCUCCCGGCGCGGGAAGAGCUUCAACUCCAAAUCGGGGCAGAGGGGAUCCUCCUCCAAGAGCGGAAAACUGAAGGGGGACGACCUGCAGAGCAUCAAGAAGGAGCUGGGGCAGAUCAAGGCCAAGGUGGACGCGCUGCUGGAGAGCCUCGAGCGGCUCGAGCGGGAGCAGAAGGCGAAGAGCGACAAGGGGGAGGAGGAGCAGGGGGGCAGCGGCUCCAAGAAGGACGAGGCCGGGGGGGGCCCCAAGGCCGAGGGGCCCAACGAGGACUCGGCCGAGGAGGGGGAUCUGCUCGACGACGAGGAGGCCGAGGAGAGGGGGGACGAGCAGCUGGAGUCCAUCAAGGGGGACGAGAAGGAGGCAGAGGAGGGGGAGGACGACCGGGACAGCGCCAACGGCGAGGACGACCCCUGAGAGCCCCCCCGGGACCCCCCUGAACCCCCCCCGGGACCCCCAAAAAACCCCUCCCCCCACCCCACAGCCCCUCCCCCGCCGUGUUCGUGCUGUCGUGGCCCCUCCCCCGCCCUCCUCUUCCUCCUCCCCUCCCCCCCCCCAUAGUUCGGUUCGGCCCC